CUUCAUGUCUUUUCGUGAACAAAGUUUUCCUCAUCCUACCCUUCUAAAACUCCAUAAAAGUCAAUCAUGGCGGUGGAAAAAUAUCAAAACGAUGGAAUUCUUAAAAUCGUUGAUAUAUAUCUGAUUGGCUUGUGAUCGAGGAUCGUAACGUUAUUGUGGGAGUCGCUUGUUUAUGAGCGUUCUGUUUCUUGUGCGGUUUUUUGCCGAUAGUGAAAGCCGGAAGUGCAGUGCAUUUGCACUGUGGAUGUACACGAGUCCUAUGUAAAUGUACAGAAGUGUACAUGUUUUCUAUAGAUACCAGAGGAAGAAAGUUGUCUUUGAGAAUGGGGAAUGGAGAAAGUUCAGCGGCCACUGGCCCUGACCGAAGGAUAUACCGGGACAGGGCCACAACAGUAAAAUUACCAAUGCCGGACCAGCAUGAACUUGACAAACGAUUUACAAAAGUUUUGGCAUCCAUGGAUUUACCUCCGGAUAAAGCCAGGAUGCUCCAGAACUACGAUGAUGAGAAGAAGUGGGACCUUAUCUGUGAUCAAGAACUUGUCCAUGCCAAACAACCACCAGAUUUCUACCUGAGGAAGUUACGCACGUAUCUCGAUCCUCACGCCACAAGGAGUUCAAAGAAACUCAAGAGUCCCAAGAUGAGCAGGUUGUUCUCCCGACGUAGACGGACGGCCCGCCAGAAACGGAAAAUGCUGGGUGACGCUACCUCAACACAAGUACUGCGGGACCUUGAAAUAUCUCUACGGACCAAUCACAUAGAAUGGGUGAGGGAAUUCCUUUCGGAGGAGAACCAAGGUUUAGACGUCCUUGUCGAUUAUCUACACUUUUCACAAAUUGUUAUGAGGGAACAGAUGCUUCAAAACUCGUCUGCGUCGGAUGAAAGUGAAGAGAGUCCAACCAAAAGUCCGCCAAAUCGCAGCUUAAAGCGCUCACAUUCCAAAAGUCCUUCAAUACGAAGGGGUCGGAUGAGCACACGGAUAUUUGACAAAAAGUUGAAUAUCGGUGAGGCACGGGAUGACGUCCAUGUUUGUAUAAUGUGUCUUCGUGCUAUCAUGAACCAUCAGUAUGGUUUCAACCUUGUGAUCGCCCACAAAGAGGCCAUCAACUGUAUAGCGCUCAGUUUAAAUCAUAAAAGUCUCCGGACGAAAGCGCUGGUGCUUGAGCUGUUGGCCGCGGUGUGUUUGGUCAGCGGAGGACACGAAAUCAUCUUAUUUGCAUUUGAUAAUUUCAAAGAAGUCUGCCAGGAACGAUAUCGGUUUCAAACGCUCAUGGAGUAUUUCGGGAACCAUGAAGAUUUUCACAUAGAUUUUAUGGUUGCCUGUAUGCAGUUUGUCAACAUCGUGGUCCAUUCGGUUGAUGAGAUGAACUUCCGCAUUCACCUGCAGUAUGAGUUCACACAGAUAGGCCUCGAUGACUUCUUAGGGAAAUUACGGUAUACGGAAAGCGACCGGUUACACAUCCAAGUUCAGGCGUACCUCGAGAACAUGAUUGAUGUGGCCAUGUUGGUAGAGGACUCUGAGGUGAAAAACUCGGCCUUAGAACGGGUGCAAGAACUAGAAGAAUCUCUUUCACACGCAUCGGAACAACUUCAAGAUCUGGAGGAAGAAUCAUUACUCAAAAUAAUCGAAUUAGAACGACAGUUACAAGAAGCAUUAGUCGAUAAUGAAAAUCUGCGUAAUUUGGCGGAACGCCAGGAGGAGGAGGUUCAUACGUUACGAAAGGUUGUCACAGACAAGGAUGAGGAAUUCCAACAAACACUCGAUUCACGAUUAUUGGAGCUUGAGGAAUUACGCAAAAAUAUUAAAAAUAAUAACGUUUCGAGUCCCAGGUCAACGGCGGCCCCAGCCUCGGUGACUGCGCCACCACCACCACCACCACCACCCCCUGGACCGAUGGCUCCUCCACCCCCACCCCCACCCCCAGGACCGGGGGCCCCUCCUCCACCUCCACCACCGGGGAUGAUGAUGCCGGGAAUGCCUUCCAUGACAAUAAAACGCUCAAUCCAGCCAAAAUACCGGCUGCCCAUCUUGAACUGGGCGCCACUCAAACCUCAACAGGUUAAAGGAACCGUCUUCGCCGACCUAAAUGACGAGAAGCUCAUGAAGUUUAUCAAUUUCAACCACUUCGAAGAUUCGUUUAGGAUAGGUGGCGCCAUCAUGGACAACGAUGAGGUAGAUAAUACGCCUCGUACAAUGCGACGGUCGCGGAAACCAUCGUUGAUGAGUUUGUUGGAACCGCAGCGUACAAGAAAUGUUGCCAUCACCAAACGUAAACUCCAGCUGCCAAAUGAAGAGCUAACACGAGCAAUAAACAGUUUCGAUCUGAAGAUAUUACACCUCGAACUUGUCGACAUCUUACGACGGAUGAUACCAAACGAGAAGGAAGUCAAAGCGUUCAAAGAAUACGAGAAAGAACGAAAACCAAUCAACAUGUUAGCAGAGGAGGACCAGUUUAUAUUCAUGCUUUACAAGAUUGAGAGACUACAGCAGAAGUUGCAGAUCAUGAAUUACGUCGGAAACUUCUUCGAGAAUGUUCACUCAUUACAGCCACAAUUGAAUGCCAUAAUCACAGCUUCCAUGUCCAUUAAAAAUUCCCACAAAGUGCGGAAACUGUUAGAGGUCAUUCUUGCAUUUGGUAACUACAUGAACAGUGCAAAGAGAGGAGUUGUCUAUGGCUUUAAGAUACAGAGUUUAGACAUGCUCCUUGAUACAAAGUCACAAGAUAAGAAGAUGACGUUGCUGCAUUACAUCGUUGAGACGGUCAGACAAUCGUUCCCUGAUCUGCAGAAUUUCGAGAAUGAGCUGCGUUUCAUAGAGAAGGCAGCAUCAGUUUCUAUGGAGAACAUAACCACAGAUAUUGAUGAUCUAGUCAAAGGAAUGGAGUUGGUUCGGCGGGAAUACGCAUUGCGGAAAGAUUCCCGCGACUCUUAUCUGGUGCUGAAAGAUUUCUUUGUGAACGCUGAGGAUAAGUUGAGGAAGUUGCAGGCUGAUGCCAAGACAGCCAAGGAGGCAUAUUCGGCUGUUGUUGAGUUCUUUGGCGAGAAUCCCCGCACGUUAGCACCAACAACUUUCUUCUCCAUGUUUGUGCGAUUUGCUAAAGCUUGGAAGCAAGCUGAGCAAGAUAUUGAUACGCGGCGCAAGCUGGAAUUGGCCGCCCAACAACCGCCCCCGGAUGCUGAUAGGAAGAAGGACAAAAAGGUGAAACAAUCGGAGGCCGUCGUGACGGAGUUGAAGCGGAAACAAGGACAGAUCCGGGAGAAGAAACUACUUGGCAAGGACGAGGUGUAUCAUGGUGCUUUAGAAGAUAUCCUAUUAGACUUGAAGAAUGAGCCUUACCGCCGUGCCGAUGCGGUGAGAAGGAGUCAACGACGAAAAAACCAGGUUAAUAUUCGUGCGUCAAAGAACAUGGAUGAAGCAUUUUAGAUUGAUAAAAGAGGGAGCCGCAAUAGAUAGGUUAUUCUGAUAUAUGCGGAAACAUUGUUGUCAACAUUUGAGCUGUGAAAAUUUCAUGAUUGGCCAAAAUGGGUUGCUAUGAUAAUCCUAGUCACUAGCGAAAAAAAGAGAAAGUGGAAAUGCUGGAUUAGUUUUUGACAAAUGUGUUCAUCUCGGAUAUGAUUGAAUAAGAUAUUGUAACCAAGUUAGUACUUAUGUCUCUUACUUAUACGUGAGACACAUCUUUGCAAUAGAAAUAUAAAGUAUCUGGGUUUUAGGCGAGCAGUUUGUUAGCAAUAAAAAAAGAGGGUUGAUAUUGGUAUAUUUUGACAUUAUCUGAUGUAAAUUAGUUGCCUGAGUGCUAAGGUUUGCCUCCCUGUGUGCAUGCACUUUGUACACUUCAAUGUAAUACAACUAAAUGUGUGCAAGCUUCCGCUGCAGAAAGAACAGCACAAAACAUUUUUUUCCGUGCAUUCUGUAGUUGAGAGAGCUUAAGUCAGAGCGAAUCAUUACUAUACUUGUACAUAGUAUGUAAAAUAAUAUAUGCUUCAUAGUCCUUCCUGUAGUAGGGAAAAUAGAAUGUACAUUUUGUAUUGGUAAUGCUGUGGAUGCAGAUAUCUUGAGAGGUUUGAAAAAAUUGAAAUAGAUGAUUCUAAACGGUUGAGUACAUUAUAACUGUAGUUGGCCAAAGCCACUGCUUGCACUAGUUUGAUACUGCAUCUGUAGUAGGCCUACAGUUCAUGUGGAUGUCACACUUGUGACUGCUUUAUAUACCGACUGCUUGCUUCAGAUGAUACCUGACAUAACGUAUCUUCUCUGCUGUAUAUACAGAUUAUUCAAUUCUGCUCCUGAAUGGUGUAUAAAUUUCUCCGCCUAUGUAAUGUAUUAUGUGUUGAAAUCUGCUUUGCUUCCUGGAACCGAGAAAUAUUCCUGCCAUAGCCGAGGUCUCUAUCAUGGAAUUCAAGUGGUGUCUUGAAAACAUAUGAAAUGCACUAAUAGCUUAAAAGUAGCUCCUGACCAUCAGUUAUGGGAUGGUCGCAAUGGUCAGAUUAUUACUUGGCAUUCUUCAGAUAGUCUGACACCCAAUGAUGGUGAAAAAUUAUACAAUGGGGACUGUUGAACCCUAGUCUUAACAUGAAAAGCAAACGAACUUAAGAACUUGGUGCAGUAUGUAGUCUUCCACAAGUUCCUGGUCUAUUCAUUCAGCUGAUUUUAAAUUGUCUGCUUAAUUUGUUUAAUAUGCUGUUGGGAGUCAAUGUGCCUUCCGUGCUCCAACUUGGCUGUUAUUAUAAACGUUAUUUCAGAUUGUUUCAAAUGUGUUCAAAUCUUUUGGUUGUUGAGAAAAGGAGUUCCUAAAAUGGACACAUUCAGAUUUUGAGGAAUUGAUCAACUCUUCACAGUGUUCAUUCAAAACCAGUUUAUUGUUAAAAUCAGUGCUCAAUACCGGUAUUUGUUUUGUAAAGGGUUCUUGUUGAACGUGUUAAAUUUGUUUCAGUGGAAAUAGAUGUGCUUGCGGUAUGACUGAUUUGGUCCAAAAAAAAGUGUCCUGUUAUGAUUUUGGACUUGCUGUUCUUUAUAACUGGGCGCCCUGUAUAAACACAGAUACAUACAAGUAUAACCACUCCUUCGGCCGGGUUUACAUAGAGUUGACGUUGUCGCUUGUCAUUUGUAAUGCGUGACAUGGGGAAUGAACAAGUUAUUACCAGAGACAGGGCUACAUAGGAUUCAUGGUGUCACUUUUCACCCUCAUGUCAUGUUGUCGAACCCAAGUCAGUUUAAAACAUGAUUGUGACAAGUGACAUGCAACACGUGAACUGUGACAACGCGACUCCUAUGUAAACCAGCUGCAAGGGAACAACUUAUUUCGACACGACUUUGCAAUGGGCUAUUAACUUCUCUUCAUAUUUGAGUACAAGAAUCUCCAGUUGAAUUUUAUUGCAUAUUCGAGAUAAAAUGUGCCUUUUUGAUAUAGAUGUGUAUAUUGUUAGCUGAAUGUCCCAUUUCCUGCAUGUUCAGAACCAAUGACCUUGAACCUCAAGGUCAUGACUGUAACCUUGGGAUGCAUCCACUGCAAUUGUAUGUAGAAUGUAAAAUAUUGCAACCACAAUUAAAGUCAUUCAUGUACUUGUA